AAGUACUUCGAAAUCUAACGAAUCAACUAUUAGAAGCAUUUAGUCUACAAGAUCCUACACAGCAUCAACUUUUUAAAGAAACAUCUCAAAAUACUAAUGAAGGGUUUCAACGCCUUUUUGAAUGUUAUGAUAUAGGAAAGGAUCGAUUAAAAAUUAUUUACAAACAAGACAUUGAAAAAUCAAUACCACGAGAUACAUCAGGCAGGCACGCCCAAAAUGUUAUUGUUGAGCCUUGUGCUCAAAAACAGAAGCGCAAGAAAGAAACAAAAUAG